CAUCCGAUUCCUACUCUAAAUCUCUAUAAAUAUAACUCGACUUCUUCUUUAACCAACCUUUACACAAAUUUCCGAGUUUUAGAGAGAGGGUUCUUGAAGAGAUUCCAAGAUGGCCCGUACCAAGCAAACUGCUCGUAAAUCUACAGGAGGAAAGGCCCCAAGGAAGCAGCUGGCUACUAAGGCUGCCCGUAAGUCUGCCCCAACCACUGGUGGAGUGAAGAAGCCUCACCGAUACCGCCCUGGAACUGUUGCUCUUCGUGAAAUCCGUAAAUAUCAGAAGAGUACGGAGCUCUUGAUCAGGAAACUCCCAUUCCAGAGGCUUGUUCGUGAAAUUGCCCAGGACUUCAAGACUGAUCUGCGUUUCCAGAGCCAUGCUGUGCUGGCGCUGCAAGAGGCAGCCGAGGCAUACCUUGUGGGUUUGUUCGAAGACACUAACCUUUGUGCCAUCCAUGCCAAGCGUGUCACUAUAAUGCCCAAGGAUAUCCAGCUGGCUAGGAGGAUCAGGGGCGAGCGUGCCUAAGUGACAUGUUGAAAUGGGAGACAAGUGGGCUUUUGAUCAGCAGAAGCCAAGUUGUUUAGGUAGUAGAUAGAUAGGUUCGUGGGUUGUAGUGUUAGGCUGUGUGAUGUUGGGUUAAUAGAAGGUGGUGUCCUUAAUCUUGUCUUCUGGGGAUGUGAACCUCUUGGUAUAUUUUCUUUUGUUAAAAACUGUGUUGAAUGUCUUCUUUUCUUGUGACUGGUGCCACAGCGAAGUGGUACUUGAACACAUGCGCUAUUAUUUUGGAUCUAAUUUUUAGUUUGUUAAAUUC